CUUUCUGCUGCCGCACUGAAAAGGAAGAAGUGGGAGCAAUCAAGCACGAACAGAACACAACUCAGCUCUGUGCAGUGCAGUCGUGUUGUGCGGUCUACCCAUUUGUUCCUAUGUCUUUCCAAUAACAACCUACUUACAAUUCGCUCUUUAUGAUCUCUUCGUCGCAACCCUAAGCGCAGGGUCAUGGUCAGUCAUGUUGACUCGAGCCCGCAAGCUGGCUUUGCUGAGGUUGGGUCUGGGACGCCGGUGAAAGCACCAGGAAGCAAGGAGGAACGCACACGCCGGAACAUCAUUUCCUUCAAGGUGACCCAUGUUCUGGUCACUGUCCUCCUCCUAUGGUUGACCGCUGUGCACAUAAUAGGCAUUGUGUUUUUUGCCAAAGGCUUCCUCCUUACACGACUGGUCUUGGAUAACAAGUCAGAGUGUGGAAUUCUCCCGGACGGGCAACCUUCCCAAAUUUCAGACGGAUGCUGGCAUCCUAAGACGUUCGACCGAGCGGUGAUACUCGUGGUUGACGCCCUACGAUACGAUUUUACUAUUCCCUCCAGUCGCGUAUUUGACGAGUCGCAGCAAAAGAACUAUCUUGACAACUUGCCUCUUUUGUACGAGACCGCCGUUUCUCGCCCAGACCAUGCUAUCCUCCUUCCAUUUAUCGCUGACCCGCCCACGAGUACUCUACAAAGGUUGAAGGGAUUGACUACCGGCACACUCCCCACCUUUAUUGACGUCGGCUCCAAUUUCGCGGGCAUGGCAAUUGAGGAAGACAACAUAGUUUGUCAGCUGAGAGAUGCGGCUAAAACAGUUGUACACCUUGGAGAUGACACAUGGCAAGCGUUAUUCCCGGGAUAUUUCGACCCGAACAUGACACAUCCUUAUGAUUCAUUGAAUGUCUGGGACCUACAUACAGUUGACAAUGGAGUUAUCCAACAUAUUAUGCCUCUGCUUGACCAAUCUCCCAGGCAAUGGGAUGUUAUUUUUGGACAUUUCCUCGGGGUUGAUCAUGCUGGCCAUCGAUACGGGCCUGACCACCCAGCUAUGGCAGCAAAACAGCGUCAGAUGGACAACGUUUUACGGGAUAUAAUGCAUAAGAUUGACGAUGAUACGCUUCUCGUUGUUAUGGGCGAUCAUGGUAUGGAUAGUAAAGGAGACCAUGGCGGCGAGUCUGACGACGAAGUUGAGGCUGCUCUGUGGAUGUACUCCAAGCGGCCUAGAUUUGGGCGAACGGAUACUGCCUCCCACCUUCCCCCGGCGACGGCCAAAGAACGUCCCGUGGGCCAGAUUGACCUGGUCUCCACCCUUUCCAUCCUGCUGGGACUGCCAAUACCUUUCAACAACCUCGGCAGACCCAUCGCGGAAGCAUUCUUAGGGCCGGAAGGGAUCGAUUGGAAAAAUCUCGUGGCCGUCGAGGCCCUCGUACAGAGCCAAAUUGCAAGGUAUCAGAAUCACUAUUCUGGUUCUCGAGAUCUUGGUCCCGAGGACGAAUCAUCCCAGCUUCAGCGCAAAUAUCUCGCACACUUUCACGAUUCUGCCGCGAACGGCAAAUGGGAGGACGCACAUCACGCUUACGUCGACUGGCAUGACGGAGUGAUCUCCAUGUAUCGAAGGCUAUGGGCAAACUUCAACCUUGAAAAUAUGUUUCUCGGAAUCGCCAUCUCCGGUCUUGGCCUCGGAUUGCUGUUCCUUUUUUCUCGGAUGACAACAGGCGACAUAAUCAGUGCCGCCCCAGGACUCCUCAAAAGUGCAGGUGUUGGGACGGCUUUUGGAGCUGCCACUGGCCCAGCACUGGGCCUUCUCUUGCCGUCCUUUUUUUCUAUCGCGACGGGUUCACUCCUUGGCGCGGUUGUUGGUGGAAUGAUAACGGCAGCUGUCUGGACGUUUCGAAACCAAUUUGUUACCGGAUCCUGCCUGCCUUCUUUCUGGGGCUGCAUGGGACUUGUUUUCUGUCUCACGCAAUCGGCAGGUUUUGCUUCUAAUUCGUACACCAUCCAUGAAGACACCAUCCUCCUGUUUUUUCUCGCUUCUUUCGGCAUCAUAUCAAUAAUGUCGUCCCUCAGACAAGCAUCGACCACCGAUAAGGUGCUUGGAACAUACCAGUCGGUCCUGUUCGUACUUCUGACCCGGCUUGCAUCCUUCUCGCGGCUGUGCCGUGAGGAGCAGAUGCCAGGGUGCCGCUCGACAUUCUACGCUUCCUCCAACUCGUCUACUUCGGCGCCCUGGCAAUUGCUUAUACCAUACUCAGUGGCACUAAUUCUCCCUGAAAUCAUCAAAGCAUUCUACCGUGGGACUGCUUCGUACGCAGGGUUGGCCGGAUUCUGUAUUGGUUUCAGUCUCCGCAUGGGCUUACUGCUUGUGGCUAUUUACUGGACAAUCGAUGCCGCGGAUAAUGGGGGAUGGCUCAUGGACCGGAUUUCUUCGACUACGUUUAAGACAGCCAGCAUCACGUUGGCUAGAUGCACUCUCGCCAUUGCUCUUCCCGUCGGCAUUGGUACAUUUGUGUGGGCAAAGCCGUGCAUCGACAUAUCUAUCGAUGAGCCCCGAGGCGGCAUGGGUAGUCCAGGGGCGCCUUCUCGACCUCGAUUGACCGUCUACGGCUACGCCAACGUCUAUGGAAGUCGAUACUUUCUCAUGAUCCCCAUGCUUAUGUUGGCAAUCGCACUGCUUCUACCCCCAAUGGGCCAGUUCUCGAUUGGCAUUUGUACCUGGCAGAUUCUCUGCCUCCUCGAGAUUCUUGAUACGAACGGGUUGACAGUCUCGGCCAGGCACAAGUCUAGCAUUGGACCAAUUGUACUGGCACUGCUGGGGUCGUACCACUUUUUCAAGACCGGCCAUCAAGCAACACUGGCCUCAAUUCAAUGGAACUCGGCUUUUGUACCUUUGCGCACCAUUCAGUAUCCCUGGUCACCGCUCUUGGUAGUAUUGAAUACAUUUGGCGCACAAAUCAUAUGCGCAGCAGCGGUUCCUCUGACGGUGCUAUGGAAGCGGCCGACGGGCAAUGCUGGAGUGCGAGGGCUGUGGAACGACGUGUUGAAUGCUUGCCUGACACAUGCCCUGUACUAUGCGACCAUCCAACUAGCAACGACUAUGUGGGCGGGCCAUCUCAGACGGCAUCUGAUGCUGUACAGAGUGUUUAUGCCACGAUACCUGAUGGCAUGUGUAGUGCUUCUUAUCGUGGAUGUGGUAUUAGUGGUGGCAGCUUUACCAGCUGUAAGGGUGGUCGGUCUCAGCGUCGGCGAAGUGUUUGGGUACUGAGCAACGGACACCCCCAAUUCAGGCUGUACAAAAUAUCAACGUACGCUGUACAUUAUUACAUAUUGCACCACUGUGGCAGACUAUGCUACCUUGGUACUUCAAGAGGAAGGGGGCAUGCAGCAGAGAUGCAUGUCACUGGAUACCUUAAGGUCCUCUUUUUCUGACACGGUGAGCAUUGUCUGCCAAUGAUCUCGCUCAGCGAUUGUCGGCUCUGGCUAGCUGGUGGUCUUGCGCUUUCUACUCCUAGUAUGGAUUUCCCGCCCAUCUCAUGGUCACCUUUCGUCCGACAGUUGUAUCCCGCGCCAACUGUCUACGGGUUAUAUGCUCGCUCGCUUUUGAACGACCGAAAGCAGAGAGAUUUAGUCGCGCUCAGGCUCCUUACAACACGCUUAGUAAGAAUAGAAGGUUUUCGUCAGGUACUGCUGUCUGAAUAGAGCAUAAAUCCGAUGGGGAAGUCGG